AUGGCAUCAUACCAUCCGACACGUCGGGAGAUCGUGCUCGUCCUAAUCCUAACGACGAUCCUAGUCCUGAUACUUCAAUUUGACCUCUCUUCGACAUUCUCAAAUUCCGUAUCGAGAGGUCCAGGAUCAGGUUUCACGAUAGGUUUCGAUAGUAGUAGGAAUAGUAGGAUAAGUAGUUCAAGUGGAGGAUCAGAAGAAGAUUGGAUAGAUGAAUUGCAUUCAAAGACGUCGAAGAUUGCUGGAAUGUCGGAAGCGAAGAUAAAGUGGGAUGAGGAAGGUGCCGGGUCUAUGACUCAGGUGUUGGCUCAUGCGCCUGGGUGGACGGUAUUCGACCAAAUAUACUUGUUCAACGGUACUUGGUAUAUAGUGACGGAUAAUCCAUCGUCAAUACCGCUUUUACGAUUGAUGGUCAGUACGGGUAACGAGAUAUGGAAUGAUGAGGAGUCCAUUAAGGGAAGAGAACCCACUGAGAAGGAUAUGCGAAUCAUUUUCCCCUCCGAAGCUAAGCGACUAUGGGGUAAUUCCGCCUCUCUUGUAUCGGGUGUCAGCUUCCUUGUGAAUGAUCCGCCUCAAUUCCUAGAUCACUAUUAUCACUUUGCGGCAGAGCUAUUAGUGGGAUUAUGGAGAACUUAUUCAUCUUUGGAUCCCACUAUAAAUGCCCAGGGUAUCACUCACCUACCUUCACCCUCAAGGAUGGUCAUGCCCCACGUCGCAGCUGGUAAAUGGAACGAUUACGCAAAGAUGAAUUCUUUCCUCUCUCGAGCGAUCUUCCCGUCCAUGUCGUACGAGUAUCAGAACGACUUCCUAGAUCGGGCAGAUACCACACGGUCGUUUCUCUUUGAACGAGUGGUAUUUGCCGAUCGAGCAGCGGCUUUCCGAGGUCCGGAAUUCGGAAAGACCUGGCGUACUGCGUCUGAAGCUGUGACACUCCAGGCAUCAAAAUAUUGGUGGUCACCUAUACGGAAGAACCUCAUAGAGUUCGUUGGAGGUGGGAAUGCAGAGAAUGACUUAGCUGGAGAUAUGGGUUUGGGAAUAGGGUUGGACGCCGAACCGGAUGUGGACCUCAUUGCGCUGGAGGAAGAGGAAGGCGCAUUGGUAGAAGAGAAAGAAGAAAUGCUGGAAAAGUUGAGAAAGGAAAAACAAGCCAAGAUGGGUAAACCGGUGAUAACUUAUGUUAGUAGACAGGAAUGGGGUAGAAGAAUGUUGAAGAAGGAAAGUCAUGAGAGCUUGGUGAAAGAGCUGAAAGAGUUGGAGAAGAAAUAUAAUUGGGAGGUAAACAUUGUAUCGAUGGACAAAUUAUCCCGAGACGAGCAGAUCCGACUAUCCGCUCGAACAACAGUGAUGAUGGGAGUGCACGGUAACGGGUUGACCCACUUGUUAUGGAUGAACAACCAGAACCCACGUUCGACCGUCAUCGAGUUCUUUUACCCUGGUGGAUUCGCUGAAGAUUACGAGUUCACAUGUCGAGCCUUGGGUAUAAGGCAUUAUGGGAUGUGGGACGAUCAGGCGUUCACAGCACCUGACACACCCCAGGUAGCCUACCCCGAGGGAUUCCAGGGUAACGAAAUACCUCUGAAUGGUAAGGUUGUAGCGGACCUGAUAGUCCAACGACUAUUAGUGGAGAAACCCGAAAAAUCACAACGUGAAAUGACAGAAUCUGAAUACGCCGAAUAG